UUGGUCUGUCAGACUCAAAAUUGUACAUAAGGAGCUGCAAAUCAGAACCAUUGCCCUCUUCCUUCUAUUCUGCAUCGCAAACCACUCGCGCCCUCUUCACCAUCCACCUUACCCUUUGACCUCACCUCACCUCACCCUUUGACCUCACCUCACCUCACCUAACCCUCACGCUCCGCACUCAAUCUUCCUCAUUCCACCCUCAAAGAUGGGUCGUGUCACCCGCAGACUGCGCGUCCCUGACGCCCCUGAAGGCACUCGCUCUGAGCUGUUCCUGCUCAAUCAUGACCUGCAACCUGUCCCAAAGGAGAAGAGAGCAUGGUCUGCCCGCAACUUUGCCAUGUUCUGGAUCGCUGACAGCGUCAACAUCAACUCGAUGCAGAUUGCCAGUUCUGCCAUGGUCGCUGGCCUUACAUGGUGGGAAGCGCUCAUCGCUACCGCACUUGGCUACUCGAUCACUGCCUGCUUCAUCGUCAUGUCUGCCCGACUCGGGGCAGUGUAUCAUGUCCCCUUUCCCGUCAUUGUCAGAUCCUCCUUUGGUCUCUUUGGCGCCAUCUGGCCCGUCAUCAACCGUGCAGUCAUGGCGUGCGUCUGGCAAGGUGUUCAGGCAUGGAUCGGAGGUACUUGCAUGGGCGUCAUGAUGAGAGCCAUCAUUCCCGGCUACAACAACAUUCCCAACAAGCUCUCACCUUCCGUCGGCAUCGAGUCCAAGGACCUUCUCAGCUUCUGGCUCUUUGGUCUCAUCAACCUCCUAUGCGUUCUGCCUUCUCCACAAAAGUUGAGACACAUCUUCACCGUCAAGGCUGUCGUUGCACCCAUCGCCCUCGUCGCCUUCCUGGCGUGGACUUUGGCCGAUGCUGGCGGUCUUGGUCAAGUCAUUCGACAACCGGCAACCAUCUCGGGUAGCACGCGCGGCUGGGCCUUUGUCGGCGCCGUCUUUGCUUGCAUCUCCAACAAUGCCACGCUCAUCACCAACCAAGCAGACUUUGCGAGAUUGUCCAGCAAGAAAUCCGACACUGUUCUGCCCCAGCUGCUCACCAUGCCUCUUGGAUUCACCAUCACCUCGCUCUUUGGUGUGCUCAUCGCUGCGGGAGGCCAAGCGCUUACUGGCACCCUCUACUGGGACCCCAUCGGCUUACUCAAUGCUCGACUCGACCCAAACCCUUACGACUCCAAGACUAGAGCGGCGUGCUUCUUCCUCGGAGCUUCCUUUGUCAUCGUCCAAAUCGGUCUCAACGUCGCUGCCAACUCUUUGAGUGCAGGAUCGGACUUUACCGCCCUCUUGCCUCGCUACAUCAACAUUCGUCGUGGAAGCGUCAUUUGCUGGGCAGUCGGAAUGGCCUACUGCCCAUGGUUCAUCCUCUCAUCCAGCAGCUCAUUCACCACCUACCUAUCCGCCUACUCGCUCUUCCUCAGCAGCAUCAUCGGUGUGAUGAUGGCAGACUACUAUGUUCUCAGGCGAGGCUGGAUCGAUGUACCGGCCCUUUUCAGAGCGCACAAUGCGACGGGCGACGGCAAGUCUCAAUUCUACUACAAUUUCGGCUUCAACUGGCGAGCUUAUGCCGGUUACGUUGCAGGCAUUGCCAUGUCCGUGACGGGCUUUGCCGGUGUGCUCGGCGCCAACGUUUCGAUCGUCGCCGAGCGAAUCUACACGCUGGCGUUCCCCAUCGGAUUUCUCGUUUCCGGCAUCGUCUAUCUCGCGUGCAACCACUUCUCUCCCGUACCCGAAACGGUCAACCUCAAGAGGGACCGCAAGACUUGGCUCGAACCUAGAGGACCUACGGGAUGGGAGGACUCGUACUGGACAGGAAGCGAACCGGCCGCUACUGCUGCCAUCGAUGAGGAGAAUCAGAGCUCGCAGAUCAGCUCAAAGGACGAAAAGACGAGCGCUGAGGGUGCGACGAUGACGAACAAACCUGCUGUUGCUACGGUAGACUACUAGAAUCGACCUGCGUUUCCAUUCGGCUCGUACACCUCUUUUUUCCCUUGCUCGAAAAGUGUUUCUUUCUGUCGUACCCUUUUCCCCUCACUCCCCCCACCCCCAUCGCCUUUACGAUCUUCAUGGGAUACGCUCUGUACAUCAUGACACUUGACCCCAAGAUUUGGCUCGCACAACAAAUGUCACACUUUACCGAUGCCGAGUCGCAGGGCAGUCCUCUCGAUGGCUGAUUGAUGUUUCACU